AUGAAAAAUAUCACUACAACGGAUUUUCAACUUCCGGGAAGUUCAAACUUGAAAGAACAAACAGAGUACGAAUCGGAAGAAUAUUGUUCUGGAAAUCAAGAAAAAAGUGCCAUCUCGGAGAAAAUUAUCUUUCCAUCAUCUAUUUCCAAGAUUGAGAAUAGCAGUCCGAAAAUAAAUGAAUUUGAGAUGAACAUGGAACGCUUAUCAGUCAAGCAUACUUCACAUACAUUGCUUCAUGUGCCGGAUCAUCGUCGAAUUUCGGUCAUAUCGGGAAAUUCCACAGCUUCAUGUCCACCAAUAUCACAAAAUGAAAGUGUACUUCAUAUCAGUUCAAUGACACGUCUUGCAUCUUUGCUACCACCUUCACUUAUUGAUGGCCGUAAACGGUCGAUUCAUACCGGCGCUCCAGCAAUCGGUUUUACUGACCAGAAAUUAUUCCGGAGGCGUGGUUCUCAAUCAGCAUUCGUUUUGAAACGUUAUACCAUUGAAAAUGAACCAUUGGUAGAACCAUUUUCAUCACGUCGUAUCAAAGACGACGUAAAAAUAAUGACAGAAGGAAGCGGGCUGAUACAACAGACAGCACUUCUCGAAUACAGUAUCUCGGAACCACCAUUAUCACAAAGUCCUACCAAACGAGUGAACUGGUUAUCCAUAAAGAAUUUUCAUGAGAAUGAAUUACGACCAUCUAAUAGAACAACAAUGAUGAGUAAAUGUAAUCGUCGGCAAUCAACGAUGUUUGAUUUAGGCAAUGAAAUAUUGAGUAACAGGAAUGGUUCUCGAAUGAAUAAUCAAUUUUGUUCAAUAUCACAACUUGAUCAUAACAAUUUAUUGGAUAAAGAGACCGAUACAUCACCUCUUGAUACUCUUAGUUGGAGUAAUGCAGAUGAAUACGAUAAUGUAACACUGAUGUACGCGAAGCACGAGAAAAUCCCAAUGAAGGAUUUUGGAUCAGAGAUUCGGGCGACGAUGGACAUCGAUCAUUUGCUCAAUAAAUCAGUUCUUCUCCUGGAUUUGCAAGAAACUUCCCUAGAGGAAAUUUUUGCAAAAAUAAUUCAUGAAAUGGACAUUCAGGAACCAGAAUUUACCAGUGAGCAAGUUCGAUCGGUCCUUUUCACGCAAGAUUCUGGAAAUCAAUUUCAUAUAUUGAGCCGAACAGUACAAAGUAUCUGCACAACAGGUACAGUUGGUGGUACAUUUGAUUACGAUCAAUCUUGGAUUUGUGCCCUGUGUAUGUUGAACACAGUGCAACAUAGGCAUGUAGCAAUUGCUCGACUCAGUCAUCCAACCAAUUUAGGACGUACAAUGCAGGACUUGCGGUUUAUCAUCAUUGUUAUUGCACCUUCACGAGCGAAAGGCACCAAAACGGCGCUUGAAACGACGCGAACGUUUGCAACACUUUUUGCAGAUAUGGAUAUCAGACAGCGACUUGUUAUGGCACAAAGUGUAGAUCAGUUUAGAUCCACAUUGCUAUCAGCAGCGAAAGAAUUAGCAGUGGAUCAGAAUCAAUGGAGAGAACGAAAAACAUCAAUUCAUUUCAGUCAAGCUAAGGAACAAUUGUUUGGUCCUGGAAAAUGGUAUCUAUUUCGUGGACUGAGUAAUGAUUUCCUUCGACGUAUCAAAUACUACUCUUCUGACUACCUGGAUGGAUUGCGUGGCUCGAAAACAAUCCAAAAAUUGUUCAGCUCGAUAGUAUUCCUAUACUUUGCUUGUCUUUUGCCAGCAAUUGCUUUUGGUGUUUUGAAUGAUGAUAAUACAAAUGGAAGUAUCAAUGUACGUAAAGUAAUUACUGCUCAAGCACUUGGUGGGAUAUUUUUUGCAAUAUUUGGUGGCCAACCGAUGAUUAUAUUGCUAACCACAGUACCAUUAGCAAUAUAUAUUAAAGUGAUAUAUAAAAUAGCAGAAGAACUCGGUUAUGAUUUCUUUGCAAUGUAUGCUUGUGUUGGAUUAUGGUGUCAACUUUUUCUCAUCCUUUAUGCAUCCACUGAUAUGUGCAGCUUAAUGAAGUUAGCUACAAGAUCUGCUGAAGAAAUGUUUUCGCUGUUUAUUGCGAUAGCUUUUACUGUGGAAAGUAUACGGGCGCUGCAUACAAGUUUCAAGAAAAACUAUCACAACUGUUAUAGCACCAAUAUUCGAAAAAAGGAAAGUGUUGACGGCGAUGUAUUGCCUUCUUUUCGCUUAAAUUCGACGCCACUCUCCUCUGUUGUUGAUAUUGUGGAAACGAGUGCGCCAUUACAGAUAUACGAUACACUUUGCCAUCGAGACACUUCAAUUUUAUAUAUGCUCCUUAUGUUUGGUACAUUGUGGCUUGGUCUUUUUUUAUAUAAUUUUAGGAAGACGCCUUAUUUGACGCGGUCACGUCGUGAAUGGCUAGCUGAUUAUGCACUUCCUGCUUCAGUUCUCAUCAUGUCGUUUACGGGUGCUUACUGCUUUUAUGAUAUUGAAAAGGACAAGUUCAAAAUGCGUACCAAUCUAGCGACAUUCACUGUUGCUCCGGUGUUUUCGUUACCGUGGCAGGGCUAUUUCGUAUGCUUACUCCUUGGCUUCUCAUUAUCUUUUCUUUUCUUCAUUGACCAAAAUAUCACCUCAGCUAUUGUAAAUAAUCCACAGAAUAAAUUAAAGAAAGGUCCAGCUCAAAAUCUGGAUUUGUUUGUAGUUGCGAUACUGAAUUGUUUCUUAUCAUUAAUGGGUUUACCAUGGAUGCACGGUGCACUACCGCAUUCACCGCUGCAUUUGCGCGCACUUGCUGACGUUGAAGAACGAGUGCUGCAAGGACAUGUCCAUGAAGUAAUAAUGAAUGUACGCGAGACACGGUUAGCUACACUGAUAGCACAUUUAUUGAUAUUAAUCUCAACCUUUACACUCUUACCAUAUCCUCUUCAAUGGAUACCAACAUCUGUACUACACGGUUUAUUCUUGUACAUGGCACUUACCUCUUUGGCUGGUAAUGAAAUGUUCGAACGAUUAUUGUUACUUAUUACUGAACAGCAAGCCUAUCCGCCUACUCAUUACAUCAGGAAAGUUCCUCAGCGAAAAGUACACUUAUUUACUGCCUGUCAGCUUGCACAGCUUUUAUUACUUUGCGCAUUCGGAUUUUCACCCUAUCCAUUUAUUGAAAUGGUUUUUCCGAUCGUCUGUUUCUUCUUCUUACCUAUCAGACAUACGUUGAUACCACGAUUAAUUGAUUAUAAAUAUUUGGAUGCACUUGAUGGAAGACAUUAG